AUGUACCUGAAAAAGGCGUUCUGGAGCGAAUCCUCACCGGAAGCCGGUACGGCGUCGCCGAUUAUUGAGUCGAUCAAAACCCUCGAGAGGCAGAGAUUGUAUCGCGAGUUGACCCUCUCGAUCCGGGCCGGGCUCCGGGAGGCUCGGGCCGAGUUCUCAUUCCUACGUAUUCGCGGGCUUCGUAGCCUUCUCAAGUUCCUCCAAUCCGUCGCCCAAUCGGAAGCUACGAUUGAUCUCUUUCACCACUCGCAAUCAAUUCCCCAGCUCCAAGGUAUGUAUGACUCGGAUUUAUUCGAUUUUUUCCAGAGUCGGGAGUCGGGAGUCGAGAGCCGGGGAGAGGGGAAUCUGGGGUUGGCGAGAGCCGAAAAUCAGGGAAUUGGAGUUGCGAGAUGCUUAUGUUGUGAGAAGCAGGUUGGUUGUGAGGAGGCUGAGGCGGCGGAGUUCCUACUCUCGUCGGGCUGUGGUGGAGGCGUGAAGGCGUGGAGGUUGCAGUGGAGGGCUUGGAGGAUGGUGGAACCAGUGAGAAUUUGA